AUGUCGUUAGUGGAGAUGGCUUCUGAUUCUGCAAUGCGGGAGGAGAGAAUAGAAAACAUUUACAAGUUCUGCGCUCCUCAUUUGAUAGAAUUCUGGAUAUGCAUGAAUCAGACAAUACAAGAGGUGGUAUCAGGUUCUGGUUGGUGGGGACGCGCGUGCUGUGCUUUAGGUCACUCGGCGAAGUGUCGUAGAGCUUGCGCCACGGCCUCUGACGCGAGUGCUCUGACCGAACCGUGUAGAAGAUCGGAUGAAAUAAACUUCUUUGACUGCGUACAGAAGCAGCAAGAGGGACAGUGGUGCUGCUCUCAAACACGUUCAAUAAGUUGUCAUGAAGCGUGUCAGAAGGCGGUGUGGAGGGUCGGUCAGACGAGGGCUGACAGCGGCGCGAGGGAGAAGGCGGCUGAACUGUGCGAACAGUCACCAGCGUUGCUGCACUGUUUCCGAGAUCUGACAGCAUCUACUGUCCAUACUGACACUUCUAAAUAUUUACCAUGCUGCCAUGAAUCUCCAAGUCAAGAGUGUCGCAGUACUUGUGAAACAGUGUUGAGAAGAACUGGGGAGUCACAGGAAAUAGCGGAGGCGUUGUCUCAAGAAUGUGGCGCUCCCGCUAUCCAUGAUGGCAUGUGGCAAUGCUUCCUUAGAAAAGACGCGCCUCCAGAAACCAAAGACGUUAUUCCACAUGAUGUAGCGAAACUGCAUUGCUGUCAGAAGGGCGCUACGAUUAAUUGUAGAAGACUAUGUUUUUAUACAUUUAACAACGGCUGGCAUUUGAAUUGGCAGAAAUUCUAUUCUGAAUGCCUCGGAGAUCCACAAGAAACUGAAAUGGCGGAAUGCAUAGAAGAAGUGGAAGCUCCAUGUUCGUUGGGCUGUUCCGGUCUCACGUACUGUAGUCAACUCAACAAUCGUCCGACCAGUUUAUUCCGGUCUUGCUCAUCUCAGGCUGAUUUAGACGCACAUUUGGCCGUCGCCGAGCAAAAAGCUAGUGGGGAUGUCACUGUGGCGGGUUUACGAUUACCUUUGAAGAACUCUUCCCAGUGUACUACAGAUAUUUGGAAGAGCGUCGCUUGUGCUCUUCAUGUGAAGCCCUGUACAGUGAAGGGUCACAGUAGCUUGUUGUGUGCGGAGGAGUGUCGUCGCCUUGUGUCUUCUUGUGUGGAGUGGUCGCGAGCUCCUCUAUCAGCCGCCGCGCUCUGUGCUAGACUAGCCCCAGCCCGGCCCGACGCUCCAUGUGUGUCACUGGCCGAAUUCCUUACACCCAGUCCCGAGCCUCCUUUACUCUCAGCUACGGAAAUGGUGACUUCCCCAUGCGCUGGUUCUCCAUGUAACAGCUCUCAAGUGUGUGUCAUCAAUAGAAGUUGUGUUCGAGGCGGGUCCUGCUCCAAAUAUACAUGCAUUGACGGGUGUCCGUUAGGUGACGGUAGUCCAUAUAUAGUUCCCGUUGGUUCUUGGGUGAGGGUGCCCAUGCCGUGUGCUGCACAGAAGGUCUGCAUCAAGAUCUGUCGCUGUGGUCACAAGGGUCUGUCAGACUGUCAGCCGCUACCUAGCGUCGCUCUUGAUAAUUGUAGAUUACAUGAUAAAGUUGUCAAGCAUGGUGACAAGUACUACAUGGAGUGUAACCCGUGUGUGUGUGUGUCUGGUGAGCGUGUGUGUGCUCGUCGCGCGUGUGGCCGCGCGGCGCUGCUCACGGGUCUGCCUUGUAACUGUCCGCCGCACCACCUGCCCGUACGGUCACCGGGAAGACUGUACCCUAACGCCUGCUUGGCCAAAUGCGCGGGCGCAACGGACGCUGAGAUCGAAUUCGGUUCGGGCGGUGUUUGUUCUGGCGGCGAAUGUUCGCGGCUCGCGUGUCUGCCCGCGCGCUCCGUGUGCCUCUCACGGCUACAGACUGCGUGUCCGCAACAUGUGUGUGUGAGUACAACCAACUGCCACACCCAGCAACCGUCACCAGUGUGUGACACAGACGGACAUACACACACCAACCCGUGCCAGCUCAUCAUGAGUGGGCGCAGGUUUGCAUACUGGGGACAAUGUUUACAGGGAUGUUCAUCGAGCGGAACAGUUUGUGGAGUCAAUGGCAUCACGUAUAGCUCUGAAUGCGCCGCGUGGUCGGAAUACGUCAGUGUGGACUAUAAAGGAGCUUGCUUUGCUGUGGGUCCUAUAUCAGAUCUAAUGGAACCAAAAUGCCAAUUCGACAGAAUAAUUUGUCCUCCGUUGAAGAAGCCCGAUUGUCUAGGAUAUACCGCCCCUGGAGCGUGUUGUCCGAAAUGCGGUGGAGCUUUAAGAAUAUUAUAUUCCAAAAAACAAAUCGAUAGAGCGCUUUAUGGGACCAAUAUAUCGGCUUCCGUUAUAAACCUGCACAAUGUUUUAUCAGCGCUGGACAGACAUGUCAAAGUAGCUGAAUGCGCUUUAAGGGGUUAUCUGACCAUCGAAAUGGAGAUUUUCGUUACCAUCGAAUCAGUAUUGAAGAAUCCGACCGACUUGCAGUUGAACGUCUGUGUUUUGGAAGCUGAAAAACUUGCUGAUCUCAUAAAUAGGGAGAGUGCUCUUAUAUCUAGUGAUUUAGGACUAAGUGCUUUGUCGUACGCCUUGAUAGUACACACACAUCCAUCACAAGGUGCGGCUGUUGUGAGUUUAUCAUUAUCUAUAAUAUUAUCAUAUACAGUAAUAUUUGUUCUAAGGUAG